GUGAAACUGACCGCAACGUUUUCAAAGUUAACCAAACAAAUCAAAACCGCACAAAACACUGCGCAGUGUAAUACUGAAAGAUUUAACGUGCCAAGAGUUGACGGAUAUUGCACGAGCGCGCCCUCUCGCGGACAGUCGCCGCUUGUGCAGCUAAAGAUCACAGGUGAGUCUGCGCUGAAAUUCCGCUGUAAUUAUCUCACAGGUUGCUGUUGACUGAAUGACGACAUAUAUCGACACAUUUAGACAGGAAAAAUCAAUUUAAUUGCAAUCCAUCGUCUGUCCUUUCCCCUGAGGAUAGGAUGACCUCACAGAAUCUCAAAAACCAAGGUUAUUUUCCUCAAGGAAUUGAAAAGAUCUCAUCCUGAACCAGUGGUUGGUGCAUACAUGUUCUUUAACACAUGUCACGUAUUUUGCACACUAUUUUGGGAUAUCGGUGGUCUGAAAUCUGGACAGCGAUGAUCUGAUUACUAAUUCAUUUAGUCUCACUUACAGCAUCCUACAGGAAGACAUGUCGUUAGAAUGAACAAUACAAAGAGAGCUCAUUACAUUAAACUCAAUUAUUGAUCGGAAUCGCUUCUAAAGCCUUGUCAUUUUUUAAUAAUAGGCUAUGGCACGAAAUCCAUCCAAUAGUGAAAAGAUCCUUUACAGAAGAAGUCCUUUUCAAAAGGCAUGUUGUAUAACACUCGAUGGGAGGCUACAGAGAUGAAAGAAGAGCGCGAUGUGUUGACUCGAUAGGCACAUGUCCACCCGUGGUGCUGAAGGACAGCUCAUCGCUUCACUCCUCGCUGUCUGUCUGUCGCAAUGAAACAGCUCGGUGCUCCUUCAUCUCCAUCAGUCCUCAAAGUUUGCCGCUCGUUUCGUUCGCUCUGAUCAUGAAGAGACAAAACAUCAGGACCCUGGUGUUGAUCAUAUGCACUUUCACGUAUCUGCUCGUCGGGGCGGCCGUUUUUGACGCUUUGGAGUCGACGAUGGAGACCACCCAGAAGAAGGUCCUGGACGGUCGCAAACAGGAGCUGAUGGACAAGUACAAUCUGAGCAGAGUGCAUUUUGACGAGCUGGAGAGGGUCGUGCUCCAGCUCAAGCCGCACAAGGCUGGGGUCCAGUGGAGGUUCGCGGGAUCCUUUUACUUCGCCAUCACCGUCAUCACCACCAUAGGGUAUGGGCACGCGGCCCCCAGCACCGAUGGUGGAAAAGUGUUCUGCAUGUUCUACGCUCUCCUGGGGAUCCCCCUCACCCUUGUUAUGUUCCAAAGCCUGGGCGAACGCAUCAACACCUUCGUGAAGUACCUGCUUCACCGUCUCAAAAAGUGUCUCAGCCUUCGACACACCGAGGUCUCCAUGGCCAAUAUGGUGUGCAUCGGCUUGAUAUCCUGCAUGAGCACGCUGUGCGUGGGGGCGGCGGCCUUCUCCCGCUACGAAGACUGGAGCUUCUUUCACGCGUACUAUUACUGCUUCAUAACGCUCACCACCAUCGGCUUCGGGGACUACGUGGCCCUGCAGAAGGAUAACGCCCUGCAGAACAACCCCCAGUACGUAGCCUUCAGCUUCAUGUACAUCCUGACCGGCCUCACGGUCAUCGGCGCCUUCCUCAACCUGGUGGUGCUUCGCUUCAUGACCAUGAAUGCUGAGGACGAGCGGCGCGACGCCGAGCAGCGCACCCUGCUGUCCCGCAGCAGGCAGGCGAGUGCCGCGGGGGUCAACCACUGCAUGGCCGACCCGCCAUCCUCUUCCGCCGCCGGAGGGUCGGGGAAAGGGUUGUGUAAUGUCUACGCCGAAGUGCUGCAUUUCCAAUCCAUGUGCUCCUGUCUCUGGUACAAAAGUCAGGAGAAGAUGCGCUACUCGAUUCCCAUGAUCAUAUCUCACGAUCUGUCCACUUCGGACACCUACAUGGAGCACAGCGAGACCUCCGACGCCCUGCACUCCAACGGCUGUGUCUGCAGUGCCUUGCAGGAGCACUCCGCGGCCAGUUCGGUGUACACUGGCCUGCUGAGCCCGGCGCAUUACCAAAGACUCUCCAAACGCCGCAGCUCCAUCUAGUGCGCCGGAGGAUGCGUGGCAUGUGAAUCUCUUUCGCCUUACAAAACCAACCACUGUUGUAUUUGGGGUUGACGUACUGCUGCUUCACGGUUUGGAUCCUCUUUCAUUACAUCUAAUGUAGUUGUGGACUGAAGAGGGCAGACUGUAAGCAGACAGUAGCGGUUUGCAAUAAAAAACAGCCUACAUUUUGUCAAGUACGCAUUGAGGUUUUGGAGAAAGGGUCGAACCCAAACUCCUAGCUCUCUGUUGAGCAUUAAGGGGAGAUGGAAACAAAAGCAGGGUUUUCAAAACCAACAGUUCAAACUUCCAAAGAAUAAGACUUUUCUGGUUUUGACUUUCACUGGUGAGUAUCUAAUGUUGUGGUGCGACAGCCUCAAUAGGGAGUAUGUAAUGAUCCUGUCGUAUUUGCAGGGGAAACUAUUUUGAGAUAUAAAAUGAUAGCAGUUUGUAAAAUAAUAGUAAUAAUAUAAAAUAGUUUAAAGAAAUAUUUUAAAUGAUAACUACACUAACAAUGUUAUGCUUUCUUCCACAUUUUAGCUUUAAGUUUAAUCGUCCCUCCAACUCAUUUUUCUCAUUUUUAUUUAAACACAGCAUUUCUUUCUUAGCUGUAACAUAGACCAUUUAUACCAUAGAUAUAUACGUAUAGAUGCCACAUUCAGCCGCUCCAGACACGACAUGUGUCCGCCAUUUUGGAACAAUCAAUAGUUCAUCAAAGUUGCUGUUGACACUCAAAAUGAGUUUUCAGCCUCUGAUUGUACAAAAAUUGUGGGAAUGUUUACAUAACUGGAACGUUUAAUAAAGUUUCCAUAACCAAGCAAAAACGUUAAUACAAUGUUUAAAAAAACUGGAAACAUUUUUAUAACUAAAAGGUAACGCAAGAGGAACAUUCUUCAAAAAUAAAAUCAAUGUUUUGUGGAAAUUAUUAAAAUGCCAGCACUGGUUGGCCAUGUUCUUUCUUAAAACGUUGGCAGUGAAACGACCAACAAACCAGCUUGACUGUUCCAAUACGGCGGAUGACAUUUGCAUUGCGGCCCAUAAACAGCUGCUUAUGAGGCAUCUACUGUAUGUAUAUCUAUGGUUUAUACAUCCGUAACUCUAAUCUAUCACCAGGUUUGUUUGUUGGGUUUUUUUGCAUUGUGUAAUCCAUUAUUGUAGCUAUUGUGACAUUUUACUUUGGCGAUGACUUUAAGGCUUUGAUUUUUACAGUUGUAGAGUUAAAAUUGUUUAUACUGUACUUGCACUUUAGGUUAAAACUAGCUUCAGGGCUGAAGCCAGGUCAAUAUAAAAUCAAAAUGGACUUUUCUAAUACACACUCCUGGUCAUAUUGUGCAUGAGCUCCCAUCAUUCUAAGGAAGAAAUCAAAUGUUUGUCUUUGUAAUCUUUUAUCAAAGUCCAAUAACUUGCUUUGCCUUUGAAACAUUCAUUGACAUCUCAUGUCUCUGGGCUAUUGGUUGACAUCAAAUAGCUACUUAGUCUUUAUUGUAGAUUACCAUUGUAACCAUCCAAUAAUGUGGGUUAGCAUUGACGUUAUAAAGGUUACAACAAUAAUGCAGUCAACUGUGUUGAGAUGCUUCUGACGGUGAACUUGACCUUUAGUCCACAUCUCAUAUACUGUAUGUGUGCCUGCAGUGUUUCCUCCACAGUCCACUGCAACUUCACAUGAAAAACACACUUUUUAUGCAUCUUUUUCUCAUAAAAUAUCUUGUUUCAUUUGGAACAGAAGAUGUAAUGUGUUGCGAAUGUCAACUAUAACUGCAAUAGUUUUUUCAAAUAUUUUUCUCAAUUAGACAAAAUUAGUAAACUUGUAUAACUAUUAUUAAAUAAGAUUUGAAGAUGUUGCUAUCUGAAGUUUGACUUACUGUUUCGCAUAAUGGCAAGUUAUAGACAUACUGUACUUAAUCAUCAAUACAUUGUUGAAAUGUUAGUUUCUUUUACGUUGCCUGUAUCCGGUUUUUGGACUCUCAAAGACAUGACACCUGAGGACCCGAGAAGUAAAUUAACAGCAAAUUGUCCAGUGAACUAACGCUUCAAGGGUCACAAAUGGACCAACUUACAUUUUUAUUUACUUUUUGCACUUUUAUCAAAAUCAUAAAUAUCUCUUACUUUUGGAAACUGGAUGAUAUGCAAGGUAGAUGCACUUUUAAAUGGUGGAUUGUACUAUUAUAACUUUUCAUGCAUUUGUAAUUGUAGCGUAACAGAUAGAAAAGUCACCGCUUACCCUUUAAUAACACUAACUGUCAUUAUAGAUGUUUCAUCAUUUCUGCGUUCAUGCCCAUUCAGGACAUGAUCAAGAUGUCCAAAAUGAUAUUUAGAAAUCCAAAGUGGUUGAAAUAAAAUGUGC